UAAUGUUUUUAAUUGGAGCGGCCUUAAAAUGCUCACGAAUGCGAUCUAUUUAUUUAGCCAAAAACACGUUACAUGGGAAUGUGGUUAAAUUCAUGUGUGUGAUCACAUGAUUAUACUUAAUCCAAGGCACGUUCUUUUCACAUGUAUCUCGCGCCUGCAAGCAGGAGCUAUACGUACUGUAGUUAUGGCGCUGCCGUGGUUUCUGUUGCUCGAGCUGCUGCUGUACGGUGGCUGUUUUAUCUGCGGGAUCGUUACAGCCGCUUCUGUUACUAUCACUCAGGGCAGCUUUGCAGGGAAGUGUAUGCUAUAUGGUUCGGUACAUCUUAACUCCACAUCCUUCGCCGUGCUUUCAUCCAGUUCCCCCUCCCUCUGUUACUUUGUAUCAGCCAUCUCAGUGUGUGUAGCUGUCUUUUGCUUUUCUCUCACCCUCUACUGGAUCUACACCAGCUUGGUCGACGGAGAUGUGAAAAGAGAGAAAUUGUGGUUAAACAUCACCCUUGUCAUGUGUGGAGUCUUCCUCUUCUUUCUUUUGGUGACGGGAUGCAUUCUAAAGAUUGGUAGAGACAGACUGUGUGAUUCGGUGCACCUAGCAGUGAGCAAUAUAACCAGGUGUGAAGAAGCACAAAAUAGACCUUGGAUGAGCCCCAUAAAUGGGAAACAAUUCUAUUCCAGACUACACAGUGCAGAGAUAGCAGUGUGGGUGAAUUUUUUCUUUUGGAUGAUCAUAGCUGUUCUGGUGUUGGUGCAGCACAAAAGAGGCUCCGAAUACAGGUCAGGAGAAAUGGACCCAUCAGUGACCCCUUCUGAAACCGAACCGUUCUUCAACCGCCCGGGAUGUCCUUAGUGAAUAGAGACACAGUUAAUCUAUGUCACUACAGACUAAUGCUUCAUGUGCCACUCAAACACAUACUCACACACAUACACUCACUCCCAGUGGCAAUGCUGGCUAGCAGUUGGCUAGAUGAGCAGAGAGGAUUUUGGCAGCGCUGGUAUACGGUCUUGAUUUUGUUCACUAGCAUUGCCAAGGGUUAGUUGCCAUGGUUACUGAUCUGCGGCUGGCAGUACAGACCUGGCAGGUGAGAGUGUGCAGUUGCCAGAUUGGUGGUGUGACCUGAACUGAUUGAGACACAGCUUUAUGUAAAGAGAUCAGUACUGACAAUGUUGUUGGUGUUUUCAAGAGUGACAAAGCGAUUAAAAAUACCUUAGGAAAUCUUUAGGAAAGAUAUUUGUGCACAUCAUAAUAUUUUGUUCCUGCAUGAUUCUGGUGUUUUUUUUAUUCUGGUCAGAUUUCAUGAGUAAAUAUUUUAAUGUAAAAGCAUGUGUGGAGUGUCUUAUAGUUUUAGAAUAACAGUUGAGCUAAAGCUAACCCAUGGGACUGUAAAUUUUUAGGUGUCUUAAUAAGCAAACUCUAUAUCAUUGUGCAACAUUUUCGCCCUCUGCUGUCUGUUAAUAUGUACUACACUGUAAAACUUUGCUGUAGUUUUUGCAGCAGGUUUGCCAGUAACUUACUGUCUUAACUUUUUAAAUUACGAUACAUUUACACAACAAGAAAAGUGACCCAAGAUAUUAAGGCUUGUUUUAUGAAAGAGAAAUAUAUAAACUAGGUAAGUUUAUGCUUAAAACAAAAUUGCACAUUCAUCUACAGUUAGUUACUGGCAAACCUGCUGCGAAAUUACAGCAAAGUUUUACAGUGUACUCUAUAAACCUCAUCUCUGGCCAGGAAUGUCCCAUAAAUGACAUUUUUCCCAAUUCCACAUUUCUCCUGAUAUUUUUUUGUCCUUGGAAUCCCUAACAUGGGCAAAACUGCUUGAGUGUGUCUUUCUGUGACUAUUUGGAUAUUAAUCUUGUGCCCGGUAGAGAUGUCACUUUUAAUGGGUUUUUCCUGCACACAGCCACAUGAGGUAGGAGUGUGUGUGUAUGUGUUUGGGAUGACAGGGACAUAAAUCCAUAAUUUGGCCUGUGAUGGUAUCCGCUUUCUGUAGGGCAACAUGCCAAAACUGAGGUGCUGUCCACAGCACUUAAGUGCUGAAAAACACAGUGUCCUUUCUAUAUUAACGGCAUAGUGUCCAUUUUUAUUUCAGUCAUUUAAUGCUUUAGACUGCUCAUCUAAUAACAUUUCCAUCUAUGCACUUAAUUUACCAUAUUUGUUUUAUAAGUAACUGCUGCUUAUAGAUAAUGCACUUAAUUUUUUGCACUGAUUAUGCAUUGUGUUUAUGAAUACUAAAUCUGGUGUACAGUAUACCUGUUGUGCUUGAAUCUAUGGUUGGAUGAUCCUUUCAAAAUACUUGGAAUAAAUUGUUCAACCUAGUAUUUUUAAAUCACACUGCAUGGAUUAAAGUUCUCCGUCGCUACGACGGAUUUCCGUUAAUUGCAGCGAGUCUACGACGGAUUUCCGUCAAUUGCAUGGUUCCCGCCUGUCCUUAAUGUCAUGAAUUCACUUUUCAUGAUUUUAACCCUUUGACGCGUACGAUCACACCGGUGUGAUUAGAACAUUCAACGCUUUGACUGGCAGUAAGCCAGAGACCGACUCAAUCCUGCUACCUAUCACAACCAGGCUCGAGAGAAGAGAGAAUUUUACUUGCCCAAACGGACAAGUAACUUGAAAAAAAUAACACUGUGCGACAUAGAAUAAUAAGAAUAUGUGCAUUAGACAGAGCUACGUGCUUGUGUGAAGUUCGUUUGUCGUUGUGCUUGUUUGUGUGUGACAUUAAUCAAUAGCGCAUCGCUCGCCGACACUGAAUCCUGUUAUUUAAUUAUGUCAUCUGGCUGUGUGUCUGAGGGAAUGAAGUGCACAAUUUAACAUACUACACAAGUGUUGGUCUAGGAUUUGUCUGCGUCUGCACUAUAUGAGGAUAUGAACACAUGAACUUCAUCUCCAGAGUCGCUAAGAGUUUAUUUUACCAGCAUUGUACUGUUUGAGUGAAGCUAUCGUCAAAAACAUUAAAUCGGGGGCCGUCUUUCCGACAAGUCGUCAAAAUAAAAGUCCCCUUAAACUGAACACUCAAGACGAAAAAAUCCUGUAGUGUACUAUAGUAUGUGCUAUGGAAAAUUGUAGUACCCUUGUAGUAAAUUGAUAAACUAGAGUAAAUGCAUAGUAUACUAUAAUAAAGUUAAAAAAACACUAGUAUCUAGGAAUUUCACUGCAGUUUACUAUAGUAAAUACUGUAAUAUACUACAGUAAUUAAUGUGGACAAAUAUACCACUAUUGUAUAGUAAAAAAUUAAAAACACAGUAACGUUACUUAGAAAUAUUAAAUCAAAUUUAGGUAAACAAAAAGAUUAUAUGGCCUUAAUUUAUCCAUCUGUAUGUAACAUUAAUGUCAUUUGUCAGUUACCUGCCUAUUCAUGUGAUGAACUGCACUUGCACAUUUUUUAAUGAUGACAACAGACGUUUUAUACUUGUGCUACGACUAGUGUUGUAGUACUCGAGACCGGUCUUGGUCUCUCGAGUCCUGGUCUCAACCAUUUUGUGAUGGUCUUGUCUCGGUCUCAAUGGUCUUUGGUCUCAGAUUUAGUGGUCUCUGGUUUUUUUUCAAGACCACAACUGUGGGAAUUACAAUAAAAUGAUGGUGCAUUGUCUGAUUUAAGUGUUAACAUUAUUAAUGUGAUUGGAUGUAAAACUUUAAUGCCCGGUUUCACACACAAGGCUUAAGACUAUAGUCCCAGACUAAAAUAAAAGUUUGAGCUGUCUUAACUGGAAAUAAAUAUCCCUGACAUAUCUUAAAAUAUGUCGUUGCCAUUGUUUUGUCUCAAGAUGCACACCAGCAGUAUUUUUAUCCAAGGCAUUUUAAUAAAAGUGACUUAAAUAUCCUAAUUUAACUAAAGCAUAGUCCUGGCUUAAGUUAAGCCUUGACUGUUGUGCCAGAUGAAUGGGGGAAUGUCCUACAAGAAAUCUGUCAACAAAAUGAAUACAAAGGUCCACAAUAUCCAAGAUGUGAUUGCAAAAAAGGUACUUGUAUUAGAUCUUGUUUCUUUAUAUUAUAAAGUCUGACGUGAUCUGAAAACGUGAUAUUUUGCUACUGAAUAAUAGAUAAGAACGCUUAGAACGCAUGAUUCUGUAAUUAUGACUUUUUAAUGUGGAUCUUUUAGAAUUUUAGAGAGUACUAGUCUUUGUCUUGACUCGGCCUGCCUUGGUCUUGUCUUGGUCUCGGCCAUUCAACAUCUUGGUCAUGUUUUGGUCUCGACACCCUCUGGUCUUGGUCUUGUCUUGCUCUCGGUUUAGGUGUCUCGACUGCAACACUAGCUGUUUGGCCUGUGCUACAAAACCUCUGUAACAACAGUGCUAUGAAAAAGUUAACGUACAGCUCUGCCACUAAUAAUAUUUACUGCUUGCCUUUGUUCUAUAGCAAUCACGGAGAGUAUAACCAACUUCAGACACUAGGUAAAACGCUUAGAAGCAAACUUGAGCACUCGGAAUCCGAAACAAUUAUACUGACACUUCAUAUGAAGUUUUUUUUUUAUGUUCGUACAAGUAGGCUAAUUUUUCUACUCGGACAAGUGAAUGACAAAUGUACUUGUCCGAAGGACAACCACAUGACAACGCUUAAUGUCAAGCCCCGAAAAACAUGCCCUGAAGUUAUGUAGAUGGUUGAUUAUUUGUCAAUGUAAGUAUAAUGUUUUCAUAGAUUAAAAAUAGCUUUUAAAAUACGCAAACUGGCAAUAUGAAAGCGAUUUAAAACAUCUCCCCUUAAAACACUAUAUUGGUCUUGACUAUUUAAAUAAAGUGUCGGUUAAAGGAAUAUGACUUGGCCUUAUAAGAAAUUCAGUCAGAAGACAUUUUUUCACUUUAAUCCAUGACACUGUUUCUGUCUGUUCAAAUUGCUUAAUGAUGGCAUACUGCUUUAGUGAUGCUUAUGCAAUUGUGUAACUCACAAAGAGGAGCAUAGUACUAGCUGGACUAGAAUACCAGCAACAUGUUCUCAAAUAUAAAAGACCUACAGCUGCAUCUAAAGUGUAAAAAUAAUUAAUGACACUGAACCCCUGUUCUGACUUUUCCAGAUAAGGAAAUCUUUGAAUAAGAUACUGAAAUAUAUGUUCCUAGAAGAGACAACUCUAGUUAAGGCCCACCAAAAGACAUACUAGAAAGCAUACAGAGAUGAAAAUGUGUUUUGUUUUGAAUUUAAUAAAAGCACUAAAAUAUGCUUUUACAGUAUAAUUAUCUUGAGACUGCAUGUUUGCAAAGUUUUAAUAAUUGAAGAUUAUAACAGUGGUUUUAUUUACAGAUCUUUAUGUUCUGAACUCUUUCAAUAAAUAAUUUUA